AAGCCUUUUAAAGAAGUUUCUAUCUCAAAAGAAGAAUAUUUUUUGUUAGCUUCUCACCACUUUUCUCACAACUUUCAUAUAACUCGUUAAAUAAGAUAUUGUUGGUCUUUGGGUAGCUUAAAUCUUCUCUGUCAAGUUGUAUUUUAUUCACCUGGCUUGCAUUUUCUUCAAGUUUUUGUCCUCCUUUUGAGUAUUUUGGUUUGUUAAAUGGUUUGUUGCCCUCCAACCUACCUCACAUCACAAUCAAAAGUUGGGUUUUUUCUGUUUGUGAAGACACCAUUAAGGGGCAUGUUUACCCUUUUGCCUCCAAAACACAGGUGUUCAUAGUCAAAGCCUUAAUCUUUCAUUCUUUCUUUCCUUCAAAGCCAAUCUUGAGGCUUAUGUCUAUCUGGUUAUCAACUAAAUUCCAGGACUGGCUGCUAUGACCUUUGCCACUUCCUCUUGAAUUCAUUCUCCCACUUCAGUUGAUUGCCUACGUAUUCUUGGAUGUUCAAUAGAUCUCGUUUUUUCAGAAGAUUUUGUGUUGCUACCUAAAAAAUAUAGAUCCUUGCGUCCUCUGCAGCACGGUUAUCACUGAAUCCUUGCCUGUUGCACAUAAGAAGAACCAAGAUUUAACUCUGUGUCUGUUUCCUUUUCUGUUUGAACAUAGCAGUCUUGAUGCGGACACGCAUCAAGUCUUCUCCUUGUCACAAAGGGAAGAUCUUUAAUGUCAAUUAUACCUUACUUUUGAAGGAAUUUGAAGUCGCUCAAUAAAAGCAAUCUAAGAAUUAAGUCUAUUGUCAGAGACGCAAACAAGCUUAUUCAAUGUAUUUGCAUCUUUACACAGACUGAUUCUCCACGGUCUAUAAUUCAGAAUUCGGUUCUCUUUCUGUUACAUGAGUGUUUCUAAAGCUAUGUGUAUAGGCUUGUAUCUUGUUGGUUGCUGUUUCUCCAACUGUUUUCCAUGACAUUGCUUGUCCCUGAAUGCAGACACCCAAUAAAUUUCAUCUGGAUUUCAAAUCUAAGGGGCUGCUCCAGUGACUCAAGCCUCGGGAUAUAUAUGAUACAACCAUCGCUCUUCAAAGCUGAGUUAAUUUAGAGAAAAAUCAUGUCUUUAGUUGGAUCUGCAGAACUCUCUGCCAGAGCAUACGGAAAUAAUAAGCUGUACUCACUGAAGGGGAGCAAUGACAACUCUGGUUUGUCUGCCCAAAUAUUCGGGCCUGAUAAACGGCAGAACAUGUAUAUGACCGAUUCUUACUCUUGUGAGAGUUAUGAGAAGUUCUUCCUUGAUUCCCCAACAGAAGAAUUAAUACAACCAUCAAGUUCUGACAUUUCAGGGAACUCAGCUCAUCCACAAGGGGCAUCUUCCUACCAGCCAAGAAAGAGUUCAGGUUCAACCAUGUUCCCUCAAGAUCCCUACAAUGCUUCUUUCAAUUUGACCACACCCUGCGAUGGCUAUCCAUUCAUUUCCGAGUCAGAUUACUUGGACAUUGAGAGCCCAUAUCAACUAGAUUAUGAUGAAUAUAAGAUGAAGUUAAAGCUUCAGGAACUAGAGAGAGCACUUCUAGAGGACAAUGAAGAGGAUGGCAUGUUUGGAAAUAGUCAAAGCAUGGAAAUGGAUGUAGAGUGGUCUGAUCCAAUCCAGAAUGGGAUGCUCCAUGAUUCUCCCAAGGAGUCAUCAUCUUCAGAUUCUAACCUAAGUAGCUUCAGCAGUAAUAAAGAAGUAUCACAGUUAUCACCUCGGACUCCCAGGCGACUGCUUUUUGAAUGUGCUAAUGCAAUCUCGGAGGGAAACAUUGAGAAAGCAUCGGCAUUAAUAAAUGAGCUCCGUCAAUUGGUCUCGAUUCAAGGAGAUCCUCCCCAGAGGAUUGCAGCCUACAUGGUGGAAGGACUUGCAGCUCAUAUGGCUGAAUCUGGAAUAUAUCUCUAUAAAGCUCUGAAAUGCAAGGAGCCUCCUUCUGAUGAUAGGCUUGCAGCUAUGCAGAUCCUUUUUGAGAUUUGCCCUUGUUUUAAAUUUGGAUUUAUGGCAGCAAAUGGUGCAAUGAUCGAAGCAUUUAAAGGUGAAAGGAGCGUUCAUAUAAUAGAUUUUGACAUAAACCAAGGGAGUCAAUACAUAACACUGAUACAAACACUCGCCAACCAGCCAGGUAAGCUGCCAAACUUGAGGUUAACCGGGGUUGAUGACCCCGAGUCAGUUCAACGACCUGUUGGUGGCCUGAGGAACAUUGGGCAAAGGCUUGAAAAGCUAGCAGAAGCACUUAAGGUCCCAUUUGAGUUUCAUGCGGUGGCCUCCAAGACUUCAGUUGUCAGUCCAUCCAUGCUGAACUGCAAGCCUGGGGAAGCACUUGUAGUGAAUUUUGCUUUCCAACUCCAUCACAUGCCUGAUGAGAGUGUUUCAACAGUAAAUGAGCGAGACCAGCUUCUUCGGAUGGCUAAGAGCUUGAAUCCAAAACUGGUCACUGUUGUCGAGCAAGAUGUGAAUACUAAUACUGCCCCCUUUUUCCCUAGAUUUACUGAAGCUUACAACUAUUACUCUGCCGUGUUCGAUUCUCUUGAUGCAACUCUCCCUCGAGAAAGCCAGGACAGGCUGAAUGUUGAGAAACAGUGUCUGGCACGGGACAUAGUAAACAUUGUAGCAUGUGAGGGAGAGGAAAGGAUUGAGAGGUAUGAGGUUGCCGGGAAAUGGAGGGCAAGGAUGAAGAUGGCAGGCUUCACUCCGCGUUCAAUCAGUCCUAGCGUGGUUGAUUUGAUUCGGAAACUCAUAAAGCAGUAUAGCGAUAGAUACAUGUUGAAGGAGGAAGUGGGUGCACUUCAUUUUGGGUGGGAAGACAAAAGUUUGGUUUUUGCCUCAGCAUGGAGGUAAUAGCUACCAUUUCGUUACUGGUUCAGCUGUGGCACUCGAGCAUUAGAGUAUAUAGAAUGUUUGUGUAGGUUUCAUGUGCCAAUAGUUUUGUGUGAUAAAACUGCAUACUGAUAUGUGAUCUUAUUAGCCGCAAUGACUUGCGAUUGUUUUGUAAAGUUCUUUUCCAGAAGUGAUGUCGUAGGUUAUCUAACAUUAUCCACUUCUCUUUUACUCCA